AUGUCGGAUGCAGCCGCGUCUGCAGGGAGCAAUCUCUGGCUUCAGGGCCAUGGCCCCGUCGUGGCUGCAGCUCUUCACGAAUGGCAGUUGAGGCCUGAGACUGCGUCCAGCAGCUCUGUGCACAGCUUCUGCAGUGUUAGCAUGGUAGACGCGAUGGAGCUUGACACCGCCACCAAAGCUCCGACACACAGCCGCGAGCUGCUGCACGCAUGGGGAGAGGCUUGGAGAGAAGCUGGGACAGCUGGGAGUAGCCAAAGACUGCAACAGCCACAAGCUGCCAGCGACUCGCAUCAUUUGCCUUGCAACUCUUCGAACGGCUGCGAGCAAGCAAAAGCAAAAGCAAAAGCAAGAGAGACUUCCCGUGAGCCUGGCAACGCGGAAGGCAGCGCCUUGCAGCCUCGGUCUCCUCGGUUCCAAGAGCCUGAGGAGCGCUUGGCAGAUCGGCCGGCUGAGGCCACUCUUCCGAGGCCACGUGCGGCACGGGCCAGCCGGAAGAAACCCAAAUCCAGCGAUGGCCUUAGUGGCGCUGCAUCAAGCUUCAGCGCAGCACUGCAGAGGCGCGAACCAGGAGAGACCUCGAAGCUGGCUUUUCUUUGGCAAGCACCUUCGGCGGUGUCCAUGGAGGACGAUUUCGCGACGAAGGCCGCUCGCUUGGUCCAGGAGCAAGCGACAUUUGUGCAACGUGUGGAGGAGGAGCUGAGUGAGCUUGGCCACUCGCUGCUGCGUGAAAGAUGCCUGCGCGAGGCGCUGCAGCAGCAGGUGGAGUGGCAGGACCAGGUGCGCCGACAGGAGGCCAAGCAGCUCAGUGAGGAUUUGGAGCAGCUUCGAACGGACUUGGCGCAGGCCAUGGAGGCGGCUCUAUGGUCUGGCAGGGAGGUGACGGUGGUGCGCCAGGACUUGGCUAGGGCUCGGCUGAACGGUGGUGAGGAGCCCUCGUUUCUCCUGGGCAGCGCGAAGGUUGAGGAGAUCUCGUCCAAGGCUUGGGCUGAAAGGCUUCAAGUGGUAGAGGAGAACGUGCAAUCGUGCAGCAAGAGCCUGGCCGAGAACGGUGACUUCUUUGCAAAGGCUGUGGCUGACAUGUCACGGCGGAUCUCGCGGCUGUCCCACGACUGCGGGGUUUUGGAGGAGUCCAUGCGCCAGCUGCAGGCGGGAUCUGCGAGUUCUAAGCCAGCAGUUCCGGGAUCGGAGUUGGCCUUGCAAGCGGACCCUCUCGAUAGUUGGAUCUGCGACAGGGCCCAACCACCAGCUCAUGGGGACACGCCGGCGAACGGGCCUUCCGCAGCCAAGCAGGAGGAGACCCCUGCUGUGAGAACAGCAUGUGUUGAGCAAGGAGAACCUCUGCCAUUCAGCCAAGAGCCUGGCGGACGUCUUGGAAGGAAGGAGCAUACCGGGCGUGCUUUUCUACGGCCACCGCCUCUGCAGGCCGCAGUCGCAUGUCGUGACUCGAAUGAGCGGCCUGCUCAUAGGAGACUGCACAGCGCAAUCAGGGUUUCACCGACAUGA